UAAUGAAUAAUCUUAAGAAUUUAUUCAUUUAUAUAAGUUCUAUUUUUCUUAAUUUGACGCAGACGAUUUUUAUACUAAAGUAGGUGAUGCUUUAGUAUGAGUAAUACAUAUGACAGAAGGAAGAUUUGGAAAGGAAAUAAGAUAUUACUUUUGAACAUGAAAUUCCCAGAAAAGUUAUGGUCUAUCAUAAAUGAAAGUAAUUCUGAUGCAAUAAGAUGGGGUUCUACUGGAGAUACUCUGAUUUUGAAAUAUCCGAAAUUCCAAGAAGAAUUCCUUAAUCGAGAUGAUGUUUUUAAAACUAGGAAUAUUGCAAGCUUUGUGAGACAGUUAAAUCUCUAUGGAUUUCGCAAAGUGAAUCGUUAUAAUGAAGAUCUUCAUGAAUUCAAGCAUCCUUUAUUCAUGCUGGACCGAAGGGAUUUAUUGGAUUUAAUAAAAAGAAAGUCAGGAAACGUUUUUAGAAAACAUGUUACUAAAGUUUCAAAAACCAGGAAUUUCACGCCUGUAAAAAAAUAUCAAGCAUUUAAAGAUUCAGAAAACCAAUGUGAUGAAGCAAAUUUGAAUACUGGAAAAGAAAAACAAAGGUUUACUUUAAAUCCUUUACCGGAACCAAACAUCAUGCACUCAGGUAAAGAUGUUUGGUGGAGUAAUAUUUCCCCUAUUCCCUUGCCUUCUUAUCUAACUCAUCCUUACUAUCAUAAUGAUAUAGCUACUCAAGGUUGGGUACCCGCUGAUGCCAACUUUUACAAAUCUCAGAAUCGAAAUAAUGGAAGUCCAUUAAAGAAGGAUAUAAAAAGAGAUCAUACUUAUUAUGAUAAUGCUAGUAUACAAGAAGACUAUGCUAACACACCCAAUGGGAACAGAAAUAUGUAUUUUAUGUUUAUGCCUGGUUACGCACCUCCGCAUAAUCUUAACAUGUACCCUAGUCCAGGAUUUUACAGUGGAGUUCUUCCUGUCCCAGGAAUGCCUUUACCUUUACUACCUAAUAACAAGAAUAGUGAAAUGUAUGGAAACGGAGUUUAUAAAAAUUGAGUGCAGCAGAAAUAGUAAUGUAUUAAAGUGGCUAAUGGCGCAUUUGGCAUUGUGCUUACUUUUGGAGCUAAUUCAUAUGUAUUACGAGAGUGAAAAAGAUUACCAGAUUUUAAAGUACUUUUUAUUUAUUGACCGUGAAAAUUUAUUGGAAAAAGUCGGUUAGUAAUAGAAUUUCUCUUCCAAAAAACGUUAUGAGAUUAAUUUUAUUUUUUGUUUUCCACUCUAAGUAAACUGUACUUCAGAUUUUUAUUGUGUGGAUACUGAAAGAAUGAUAAUAAUCUGUAACAUAUGUUUAAAAUUCAAAUAAAAGCUUAACUAAUU